AAACAGCCUGUAUAAAAGCAGCGCGCGCGUGCUGGAGUCCUCACUUCACGUUACGUCUGGUCAGAGAGAGCAGCAAACGUGUGUUAACCGCUGAAAAUACUGUAUCAGUCUGUGGAUUUUCUCAUCACAUAUUGUGUUUGAAAGUGGGUAAGUAUGUGGAUACAAAUGAUCCGGAGGCUGUUUGGUAAGCGCACCAAAGUCCAUCGUCUUCCUGAGAAGGUGAAAGAGAAUGGGACUAAUGAUUUGAAGAUGGAGGAAUUUUUAGAUGAGAAUAUGGAACAGCAGCACCUGCAGGCAGAUAUGAAGACCUCUCACAAGAGAUUGGAGGACAGCCACGAAAUCCUGCUGUCACUUCACAUGAUUUUCAAAAAGCAUGCAGAGUGCUCUGAGAAUCUUUUGAGGGAGAUGGAAAAAUUGAGUGAUGCUAUUGAGAAAACAAAAAUGGCUAAGAUGGAAGUCAAUCAGGCCUUCACACCAGGUCCAGGAUCUUUCUCUCCGUCAUCCUCUUCUUUUAGCUCUGCUGGGAUCCGGCUUCCACCUAUUAAAAAGCUCCAGCAUUCCUCUGUGGACUCCAGUUUGCACACUGAUGAUGCAAAGUCAUUCCAAUUCUCCAAGUUAGCAUGGGAUGCAAAUGAAAGCAUCAGCAACAACACAGAAGAGACCUUUCUGACUGGCACUGAGAUGAACGAAAUUGGGCUGCAAACAAAGAGUCUUGCAAUUGACAACAUUCGAAACGAGCCACUUGAUGGAAAUAUACGCCGUUUGGAGAUUCAUGCCGAGUUAGAUAAAUGGUCCAAGUUUGAAAUGGAGGAGAAGCUGAAACUAAAACUUGAAAUGGCUGAGGCAAAGCAGAGAAGACAGAUGGAAACUAAAGACCUGAAGUUGAAAAUAAAAUUUCUGAAAAAGGAGGCCAAAUGUAAACAGCAGGAGAGAAUAAAGAAGCUGAAGGAUCUGGAGAAGGAAAUAAAGAAUGAAAAAGCAAUGCUUCUCCUUAAGCAGAAAGAGCUAAAAAAGAAAGUGAAGAUGGAGAAAAAGGAGGAGUGUAAUGAGGAAAAGAUGGAAAAGCACAGGAAGGAUGACGAGAACGUGGAUGACGCGCAAAACAAAAAUGUCCUAAAAUAUUUAAAAGUGUUAGAUUUAGGAGGUAUAAAGCAGAGUAACGUAAGUUUACCACAUACAAGCACAACACAAAUGAACUGGUAGGUAAAGUCAGAUUUUCUGACUGAGGUGAGAUCUAAUGCAACCUUCACUGACACCUGCUUAACCUUUCACUAAUAGUUAUUGUUUGUGUUUUCAUAGGAAAUGCCUUGAAGAUCGAUCGGCAGACAUUCAACCAGACCGACAUGCACUGAUAAUCCUCAAUAAAAGCAAUGCAUUAAAAAACUCACACAA